AUGGAUUUAUUGCAUGGUAAUUUCUUUGUUUUUUUCCAAGCAAUUAUGUUUGCAGCUCUUGCUACAACAUCUUUGUCAUCAGCAUCAUUAUUAUCACCAAAUUACUAUGGCCAUUCAUGCCCUCAGGCUUUGAGCACCAUAAGAAGAGUGGUGGAGAAUGCUGUCCAAAAAGAGCCACGUAUGGGUGCUUCUUUGUUACGCUUGCACUUCCAUGAUUGCUUUGUUAAUGGUUGUGAUGGUUCAAUUCUUCUAGACCCCACAUCCACCAUUGACAGUGAAAAAAAUGCAUUUUCUAAUAAAAACUCUGUUCGAGGAUUUGAAGUGGUGGACGAAAUAAAGGAGGCAGUGGACAAAGCUUGUGGAAAACCAGUUGUUUCUUGCGCUGACAUCUUAGCCGUUGCUGCUAGAGAUUCUGUUGUUGCGUUAGGAGGACCAAGAUGGAAGGUGAGACUUGGUAGAAGAGACUCAACCACAGCAAGCCGUGAUGAUGCAAACAACAACCUUCCAGCACCAUUUUUUAGCAUCUCUCAACUCAUUUCAAACUUCAAGAACCAUGGCCUAAAUGAGAAGGACCUUGUGGUUCUCUCCGGUGCCCACACCAUUGGUUUUGCACGUUGUUUCUUCUUCAAGGACCAUAUCUACAACGAUACCAACAUCAACCCUAAAUUUGCAAAGAAGCUCAAGUACAUUUGCCCUAGAAAUGGUGGAAACCCUAAUACUCUUGCCCCAUUGGACGCCGCCUCGGCCGCGAGGUUUGACGCCGCCUACUAUGGUGACUUGGUUCACAAGAAAGGGGUUUUGCAUUCUGAUCAAGAAUUGUUAAAUAGUGACUCCACGGAUGGAUUGGUCAAGAAAUAUAGCUAUGAUGGUGAAGGAUUUUAUAAGGACUUUGCUAAAUCUAUGGUUAAGAUGGGAAAUAUAAAGCCACUCACUGGGAAUCAUGGUGAAAUUCGUUUGAAUUGUAGGAAAGUGAAUCAAUAUCAUUAA